AUGGUGCAAUACGGAGCAAUCACAGGAGCUAUUAGAAGCAUCGACAUCUUUGCGAAACCAAUUUCCUUCUCCAAAAAAGAGAGGUUCGAUGAGAAGAAGAACAAAAUAGUCACUCGGGACUACUACCAGACUAUAGGAGGAGGCAUCCUUGUGGUCAUUAUCUUAUUAAUAAUGGCAGUUUACGGCUAUAUUCUUAUCACUGAUCCUUGGGAAGCAGAUGAUGUCUCUAAUGUUUCGAACAGAAGGAAUAUGGAUUCCACUGGAGAAGUAGGCCACAGGAACCUGGAAGAAACUUGGAGUUGGAGCUACACCAUCCAAGCAAGAGAGAUGUAUGUCCCUGGCACUUCUCACAAUGAUACAACUGUCUAUCACCCAUUCGCAGAUGGAUUCACAGUGGCGAUCAAUCUUGUGGGUAGGCAAUAUGAUCCAACAAUGUUCAAAUUUGUCUGGAGAGUUAGUGGAGCAACUCCGAAGACCAUUGAUGUAAAGAAUUGUACUGAGGAUGACUUCCAUCCAUUUGUAAGAUCCCAGCUAGCCUACCUCCCUCUCGCAGAUAUGAAGUGUCCAUCAAAUGUAACUGAUUUGGUAUUGGUUGGGGAUUUAAGCAAUCAGACUACCUUCUCGCUAGAUAUUGUGUACUGAGAUGACAAUGGAGUAAAUGACUGUGCCAAUUUGACUAAUAUCAAUACCGUAGCAGAGCAGCCUGUAACUUUUCAUUGGGUUGAAGGCAUUUACAACCAUAAUACACCUGUACAGCCGAUCACGUAUAUUCUCAGAUCUGGUAGACAAUUUGUGAUAGAGGCUGGUGGCCUCGACACUUAUCAGUUCCACUUGACUCGAAACGAAGUGCAUGACAUAGAUGGGAGGACAAGGAACUUCUGGACUGUAGAGAGAGGAAGAUAUUAUUACGUUACAACUUUGGACCUCAUCUUAGAGAUGGCAAAUCUCAAAUUCAAGCUAUCAAAUGGCUAUAACAGAUACGAUCAGUUCUAUGACUAUUCCACCCCUUUCAAGAGCGGUAGAAAUCUUGCUAGCACGACUGUAGAUACAAGAAUCGAGACCUCUACAGAAAAGAAGAUAGAAAAGGUUGAAGAUAGAACUUUGUUUAGGAUAUUCUACAUCGCUUCACAGCUAGGAGGGCUCUUCUCCUUCUUGGUUGCUCUGCUCGGAUUCAUCAUGUACCCCAUCACUAGACAACUUUUCUUGCAAGAUACAGUUAAUGACUUGAAGGUUAUCAGUGACUUGAAGAUGAAACAAAUGCUCAACCCUGAAGAAGACAAUGAUUUAAGAGCAGCCAAGCCAGGCAAAGACAGCUAUGGAGCAUUAGAUAUGGUUUAUAAUCUUAUUUGCUGUUAUAAGAGCAAGAGGACAGCCCUCGGUCUUCGUGCUUUAGAAUUCAAAGACCAAGUCAAAGGUCUGAACGAAGGAAGAGAUGUCAUCAACAUCACAACAUCUUUAGAUAUGCUUGAAUACAAGAUCGACUCAAUAGAAAAAGCAUUACUAGCCAGUCAGAUGAAAAGAAAGGCUAAGAACCAAAUCAACCAGUCAUUUGAGGAAGAAAAGGAAUUCAAGAGCCUCAAUGAAGAGUCUCUCGUCAGAAGCAACACCAAUGAAAAGAGCCAAGAACUGGCUCAGCAGAAGUCAAUUUGGAAAGGUGAGUACCAAGUUGAGCCUGUUCCAGAGGUCUCUGAAGACUACGAAGGUGCUGAUCUCAAGGUAUCAAGACAUACCUUGCCAUCUAGCCAGAUAAAGGACCUCGCACAGAAAGAAGACAAUCCCAAAGGAAUUAGUUCGAUUUCAAAAUUGAUUUCUAAUGAGAAAUCAGUAUCAUCAGUCUCCAAGUUAAUUAAAGAAGAAGAGGGAAAGAGCCAUGGGAUUAGCGAGCUAAUGGAAAUAGCAAACAUGAGCGAAUUCGAAGGCGAGGUUGAUAAAGUUCUAGAGCUUAAUAAACAAUCCUAA